AUGGCUGGAGAUACCACCAAUGUCGGCAAGAGGAUCAUGGCUCAGGUCAUUGACGACUUGGCCGUUCAGAACCCGAGGAGGAAAGUUUGCACAUUACCCAAGGGCAUCUCUCCAUCAGAUGGGUUCUCUGACUUGACCUUCCAACAAGUCGCUCAAAUGAUCAACUACACAUCAUGGUGGAUUGAGAAUACCCUGGGUCCCAGUUCCAGGCUGGAAACUCUGGCCUAUAUCGGAACCCAUGAUAUACGCUAUCUUGUGAUGGUCAUGGCAUGCAACAAAACUGGCUAUAAGCCACUUCUUCUCUCGCCGCGAAAUUCGGAUGACGCUCAUCUUUAUCUCCUCGAUGUGACUGAUUGCUCGAGACUCGCCUACACUGCAGAGCACAAACAACGAGCGAUGGAGAUUAGAACCCUUCGUUCGGAUCUUCAGACCGUCCAAAUUCCAUCUUUUACCGAGAUGUUGGAAGGCUCGGCCAAGCCAUAUAUGUUCUCCAAGACGUUUGAAGAAGUCCGGGAUGAGCCUGUAUUGAUCAUCCACAGUUCUGGGACAACUGGAACCCCAAAACCUGUUACCAUCACUCACGGCUAUUUAGGUGCUCUCGAGAACUGUGCACAUGUUCCUGUUCCAGAAGGGCGAGUGGCCGGAACACCAACUAGCAUCUUCAGUGCCAACGAUCUUGUCUUUGUGACUCACCCGUUUUUUCAUAUUACGGGCAUCAUCAUGUUGGCCGUGGCAGUGCUUCACGGCAUUCCCUGCGUGAUAGCCCCAAACAAACCUCCGUCUACUGCUCUUGUGAUUGAAGUUCUGAAUGAGACAAAGCCUACUGCGGCUGUAUUUUCACCAUCUCUUUUGGAAGACAUGUCCGAGUCCAGCACAGCUAUGGACGCCCUUUCCCGGCUUAGAUGUGUCUGUUACGCAGGUGCACCUCUCUCAACUGAUGUUGGCAACUUCAUCAGUAGGCGUAUCACGGUCAUCAAUGUCAUGGGCAGCAGCGAGGCUGGCCUUAUCCCAUCAUUGCUUCCCAGGGAUGAGGAGGAUUGGUCUUAUUUCGAAUGGAACCCGCACUGCGGUAUUGAGAUGCAAUCUGCAGGCCACGGCUUGUAUGAGCUUGUCUUGAGGAAGGUCGAUCGAGAUAUCCAAUCGGUCUUCCACACCUACCCCGGAUUGCAAGAAUACCACACGAGGGAUAUCUUCACCCCGCACCCAACCAAACCCGCUCUUUGGCGCUAUCAUGGCCGAUUAGAUGAUGUCAUUGUGUUGAGCAAUGGAGAGAAAUUCAACCCCAUCACAAUGGAAAAGGUCAUUGAGGGCCAUCCCUUGGUCUCCCGCGCGGUUGUUGUAGGCCAAGGUAGAUUCCAAUCGGCGCUUCUCGUGGAGCCUAAUUGGAAGCUUUGGAAUGAAGAUGUGCCGGUCCAGGGUUUCAUCGAGCAUAUAUGGCCGACCAUUCAACGAGCAAAUAAUGUAGGCCAAGCGCAUGGACGGAUCAUGAAGUACAAAAUUGGAGUCGCAUCUCAGAGCAAACCCUUCCGUACCACACCCAAAGGCAGCACCCGUCGUUGGCUCGUUGUCGAGGAUUACAAAGACGAAAUUGACGGUAUUUACAGCAAGUCAGAUGCGGAUGAAUUGGAGUUUGAGCUGCCGGUGGAAGCCAGUCCUUCAGAGAUCAAGACAUUGGUUCGUAACGUUGUCUCGCACAUUCUGCCAUCGUCGGCAUUCACGAACCAAACCAAUCUCUAUGCCGCAGGUCUUGAUUCAUUGCAGACAAUGCAUCUCAGCAAGGUUUUGCAGAGUGCAUUGCGCGCUCGUCAGUCGCCUGGCAGCGUCACUGCUCAAAAGAUCUACGCCAAUCCCACUGUGGAACAAUUGACAAGCCUCCUCUACGGCAUCCUGACAGGGAUGACGGAGAGUAUUACCUCGAGGAUUGAAAGAUUGGAUGCGCUCGUUGAAAAAUACACCCAAGAUCUUCCCGAACAACACGCGGAUGGUUCUGGCGCUAACGACCAACAUACUGUCAUCUUGACUGGAUCGACAGGCUCGCUCGGAAACUACAUUCUGAACGCCCUCUUAGGAGAUCCCAGUGUGUCCAAAGUGUACUGCUUGAACCGAUCCGAGGCCAAAGCUAGACAGGCAAAGAGCUUCGAAGAUAAGGGACUCAACUGUGACUCUGCCGCGUGGGCUAAGAUAGAGUUCCUCCAGGUGGCUUUGAGGGAGCCCCUGUUUGGCCUUGACAGGGCAAAGUAUGAGGAGAUGGUGCGCUCCGUGGACACCGUGAUUCACAACGCAUGGAGAGUGGACUUCAACAUCUCAGUUGCAUCUUUCGAGGAUGUUCAUAUCCGCGGAGUGCGUCGGUUGGUUGACUUCAGUCUAGAAAGCACCCACAACGCACACAUUAUCUUUGUAUCUUCCGUAUCAACAAUCAGAGGUUGGGACUCGAGACAUGGACCCACUGUACCUGAAAUUCCCUUGGAGGACGGCGAGGUGACGAUGGCUCAGGGCUACGGAGAGUCCAAGCAUAUCGCGGAACGGAUCUGCCUGGCGGCAUCUCGACAGUCGGGGGUACCGACAACGGUUCUGCGCGUGGGACAGAUAGCCGGUCCAACUACGAAGAAGGGAAUGUGGGCUCGGCAAGAAUGGCUGCCUACCAUUGUUACAACCUCUAAAGCUAUUGGCAAGGUUCCCAAUUCUCUAGGAUCGAUGCCGGUGGACUGGAUACCAGUGGAUACACUUGCUACUAUUGUGCUCGAUCUUAUUGCCACUCGUCGCCGUACACAGUCAGACACACGCUGCUCGGUGUUCCAUCUGGUGAAUCCGGCCAGCACAUCGUGGAAAUCUCUCCUUCCAGCAAUCGUGGAACGGUACGGUGUCCAACCGGUCGAGCUGUCCGAUUGGAUCAUGGAUCUUGAAAGAAUCGAGAACCCGUCAGCUGAGGAGAUUGAAGAGAAGCCCGCUCUGAAGCUACUUGGCUUCUAUCGCUGCUUAGUAAAGAGCGAGGGGGCAUCGUUGGCGCCGAUUGAGGUGAGCCGAACGAAAGAGGCGAGCGCAACCAUGACCUCCCUGGGUCCCAUUUCGCCUGAAUUGAUGGCCAAUUGGAUAGAUCAAUGGGCAUUUUAG